AUGUCGUUUCCUAGAACAAUUCGAGCCUUUCGUCGAACCGAAGGGCCAGACCCUGUAUCGCUGGUGCUCGUGACAGACUAUCUUCCAUUGUCUCUCAAGCCUGAUGAUGUACUUAUUCGUAACCAUGCCGUCUCCCUGAACUACAGGGACGUCGCCAUGUUGCAUGGAAAGUAUCCAGGCUCUCCUCUGAAGAGAGGUAUUGCGGCUUCAGACUGCGCAGCAGAAGUGAUUGCAAUCGGAUCGGAAGUGACCAAAUUCGCAGUUGGCGAUCGCGUCGCGCCAAUCUUUGAUCUGAACAACUUGACGGGGACCGAGAAGGUGAAGGCAGUCUUAGGCGGGGAUAUUGAUGGUGUUCUGCGAGAAAAUGUCUUGGUUCAUUUGCCAAAGUAUCUAUCUUGGGAAGAGGCAGCGACUAUUACGUGUGCUGGUACGACAGCAUGGAAUGCUCUCGAUAUGCCAGGCUCAAGCAACUCGGGUAAAGUCGCGUUGCUUCAAGGUAAGCUGCCUAUUAUACGCAAGUCAAAGAAUGACCCAUUGACUGAUGAUAAACAAACAAGAACUGGUGGUGUGAGCAUGUUUGCUUUACAAAUAUGUCUAGCAGCUGGUAUCCAUCCCAUCAUUACGUCUUCAUCCGACAAGAAAUUGGAGAUGGCGCGCUCGUUGGGUCCACCGGGCGCUGUUGAUACCGUCAACUACAGAACCCAUCCCGAUUGGGAAAAUGAGGUCAUGCGACUAACUAGUGGUAACGGUGCAGAUAUUGUCAUUGAAAACGUUGGACCUGCCACCAUUGCGCAGAGCCUUGCCUCGCUGGCUAAUAAGGGAACUGUUUCAUUGAUUGGAUUUCUUGGGGGCUUUGAAACACAGCACCAGCCAGAAACAGUCGUCACGCUUCUGAUGAAAACCGCAAAGAUGCAGGGGAUCUUUGUCGGUUCCAUUAUUGAUCAGCGAAAGCUGUGUGACUUUCUCGAGGAAAGGCAAGUGGACUUGUCUCCGAUUGUGGAUCAAAUCUUCCCAUUCACCACAUCGAAUGAUGCCUUUGACUAUUUAUAUACUGCACAGCAUCAGAGCAAGGUUGUCAUUAAGUUCUAG